UUGGUGUUGUUUGGGAGGAGAGGAGCUCAAAAGACUUCUGUAGUAAACACCAUCAUGGGACAGAGGGAGUCCAGUGUGGAUCCCAGCCCCUCUUCAGUGUGUCAGAGGAGAGAUGGAGAAGUGUGCGGUCACCUGGUUACUGUGGUGGAAAUGCCAGUUCUGUGUGAAACACAGCUCUCUACAUCCACUGUAUGUCACCUGUUUGCCUCUCUCUCUGGCUCUGGUGUUCAUGCGUUCCUCCUGGUCACACCAGCCGGUCCCCUCACUGAUGAAGACAAGGCAGAAAUAAAUAGGAUACAUAAGUUAUUUGGCACAAGAGUGAAUGAUUACAUGAUCAUCCUUUUUACCCAUGAAAGUUGUACUGCAAAACCUAUUCUUGACUUUCUGCAGGAGAAUAAAGAUACUCAGAUGCUUCUAAAGAUGUGUGGCAACAGGUUCUGUGAUUUCAACAACCAGGCCAUUGUGAAUAACUCAAUAGUUCCAGAGCUUCUGAAGGCUAUAGAGGAGAUGAAUAAAGCAACAGAAAGCUGCUUUUCCCUGGAUACGUACUGGGAGGCACAGCUGGAGAGGAGGGUUCAAGAGCUGGAGGCCAGGCACAAGACUGAGCUGGAGGAGAAGGACCAAAAAAUCAGACUAUUAGAAGAACACAUUCGGGGCACAUCAAUGGGUGUUGAUGGUAAACAUCAGAGCUCUGACUGUGUGAGGAUUGUGCUCGUGGGGAAGACAGGAAGUGGGAAAAGUGCCACAGGAAACACCAUACUGCAGAGGGAGGAGUUCCUGUCUCAGUGCCGUAUGAAAUCAGUGACUACCCGCUGUAAGAAAAGAGUAGGGGAAGUAGCUGGCAGGCGUGUUGCUGUAGUUGACACACCGGGCCUCUUUGACACAUCAAUGUCUAAUGAGGAGGUCCAGCAGGAAAUAGCCAAAUGCAUCUCCUAUUUGGCCCCAGGACCUCAUGUAUUUCUCCUGGUGCUACAGAUUGGGAGAAACACAAAGGAGGAGAAGGACACAUUGCAGCUCAUUAAGAGUACCUUUGGUAAGAUGGCUGAAAGGUUUACCAUGGUCAUGUUCACAAGAGGGGAUGAGCUUAAAAAUGAAUCCAUUGAAAGUUACCUUCAAAAAGGUGACCCUAUAAUCCAAAAUCUGAUUAAAGGCUGUGGAAACAGGUUUCAUGUCUUCAAUAAUAAUGACAUGACCAACAUCACCCAAGUGUCUGAGCUGCUGGAUAAGAUGGACAUGAUGGUGCAGAAGAACGGAGGAGGCUGCUACACCAAUGAGAUGUUCCAGGAGGCAGAAAUGACCAUAAAGAAAGAAUGUGAGAGAAUACUGAGAGAGAGAGAGGGAGAGAUGCAGAGAGAGAGAGAGAAGCUGCAGGCAAAACAUGAAGAGGAGAUGAAAGAGAUGAAGAGAAGGAUGGAAGAGCAGAGACUUAAAGAAGAGGAAGAAAGAGCCCAUCGGGGAAAAGAGCUGAAAGAAAAAGAAGAACAUUUAAGGAAAGAGCUAAUAGACUGGAAGAAAAGAGAGCAGGAGGAAAAAGGAAGAAGAGAUGAGGAAGAGAAAAGGUACAGAAGACUAGAGUUCGAGUGGAAGAGGAAAAUGGAUGAGAUAGAGGGAGAGAAAAUGAGACUCAUAGAGGAGUGGAAAAGAAAGGAAGAGAAGAAGAGGGUAGAAAGAGAGGAGAAACUGCAGCAAGAGCUGAUGGAAAAACAAAGAAGAGAAAAGGAAGAAUUUGAGGAAAAGCAGGCAGAAGAAAAGAAAGAGAGGGAUAGAGAGGAGCAGGAGAGGAGAAACCAUGAGGAGAGAGAAAGAAGGGAGUGGGAACAGAAAAUUAAAGAGGCAGAGAAAGAGAUACAGGAAGACAAGAAGAAAAGAGCUGAGGAAUGGGAACAGGAAAGGAAAAAGGAACAAAGAAGACAGAAGGAGGUGGAGAUGGAACGGAAGCAAAAAGAAGAGCAAGAAAGAAAAGAGUGGGAUGAGAAACAAAAGGAAAUGAGGGAUGAGUUUGAAAAAGAAAGAGAACAAGAAAGACAAAAGAGAGAAAAAGAAAGGAGAGAUCAAGAGGAAAUAAUGGAGAGGAAUCUUGAAGAAAAGAAAAGUCAGCUGAAAAAACAACAAGAGGAAUGGGACAAGGAACGAAAAGAGGAGAGAGAGAGACGAGAUAAAGAGGAUGAGCAGAGAAGAGAGGAGGAGAGAGAAAGGCUGGCAAGGAUGGAGGAAUUUGAAAAAGAACGAGAAGAAGAGAGACAGAAGAGAAUGAAGGAAGAUCAGGCCAGGCGAGAAAGAGAAGAGAAAGAACGUGAAGAAAAGGAGAAAGAUUUUGAAAGAAAAAAUCAAGAAACGAAGAAGAAGUAUGAAGAAGAUGCGAGAAAAGAAGCAGAAGAAAUGAAUUACUUUACAGAGCAGUUCAGAAAAUUGAGCAAAAUAUUUAAGGCGGAAGAUUUAAACAUCGUAAUAAGAAUGUGA